AGUUCUAGGAACAUUUUGUAUUUCACGCCCGAUUUUGAGAGCUCAGUAUCUCUAUCCAAUUAUUUGGUGUUCUGAGACAAUGAGUAGACGACGCAGCCUGCUGGCGUCAUGCAGGACAUCAAGUCGAUAUAUCGAUUUUCUGAGGAAAGUCGUCGUCUCUUGCAAGUAGUACCACUUAUGUUCUCCAAUCUGCUCCCCCCUUCAACAUCCGCCGCAUUGAUAAACUGUUGCGCCUCGUCCUCUGCAUUGCUAAAAGAAUUAUGCUCUUUUUAAACCAAGACAAAAGGGCGGAAAAACAGGAAGAAGAGUUUUUUUCACUGCAGUCGAAUAAAAUUGAAGAUCUGGACAAGGAGCAUUUUUGUCCAUUAGUUUUAGUGGAGAUGAGCUAUGAGCUGUAACGAAGUGAGGUAACACGAAGGACCAAAUAAAGCACAAAAAUGCAGCCUUCCUCUUCUUCCACCGGUGGUAAUAACAACCAGCGUGGUCCCGGCGGCAACGCAAGCUCCCCCGGGACAACAAACAACCUGUACCCCGAGCGAGACGAGAAUGGCCAGUGGAUGGGGUAUCCCGGAUUUAGCCCGGACCCCCCGCCCCGGCCCCCGCAACCGAAGUCCUCGUCCCCCCCACUUCCCGCGCGAUUGUCCAUCAAUCCGCCGGCCGAUGCAACCUACGUCCCCAACGCGAACCCGCAAUUCCGUCCACGGGAUUGGACCACCGAUGCGCAGGGUAAUCCGGUGCCGCAAGUGUUCCCCGACACGCUCACGCCAGGCGGCCAGCACCGCAUGAACAUGAUAUGCACGAUGGAUGCAAAAUUAGGGUAUCGCACUACUUCCAUAAAUUUGUGCAUCUAAUAUCUUUGCUGCAGCAUCUAUCAUCCCAGAAAAAAAAUCAAAAUCUUCUGCUACCGCAGCUGAGUGUAGUACUAAUUGUGCAUGAUUUUAUAGUUUAGAUGUUCAUCAUUCAUCUACUGCACGAAUGAAAUUGAUGUCAUGCCAUUUAUCCUACUGAAGAUGCGAUAUAAGUAUUUUUUGCAAUGCAUACCUUAUGCGCAUCGACGAAGUCACCCCCGCGGAGGGGCAGCCGCGACUUCACGGCAAUCCCGGGUUUUCGUCCGCGGAUCGGAUCAAUAUCCGGCAAGGGGCUCCCUCGAACCAGCCCCAGCGUGCACUGUUUGACCCAAUGUACGGUGGGCCCGGGUCGCCACCGCUGAAUGUGAGCGUGAUGAGUCCCGACCAGGUAUUGAUAGGCAAAAUCCCCCCUCCCCAUAUUGAAAAGAUAUGUCUCCGGAAAUUUGUAUUCAAUACAAUGCUGAUUUGAGGAUACAAAUCACAUUUGUCUUGCAAGAAGACAAGGGCAGCAGCUUCCUCUAUAUUUUUGGAGGCGAUUUGUCAUGCCGUUGGGCCUGAAGGGGGGCCGUUUGCCAUGCUGAGCAACUAGACCCAUACACCCCCACCUAGCCUGGGGAUCUGGCCGCAAUGCCUUUCUGCAACACAAAUCUGAUUUGUGUAUCCAAAUCCAGCAUCAGAAAUUUCGUUUGGAUAUGGGGAGGGGGGAUUUUUUCCUUUUGGUUUUGAUACAAGGUGAGGCAGAUCGGGACCGUACAAGACGCGGACCCGGACUGGCGGCGGGGGCAGACGCUUCGGAAUGAAGACGCGCUGCUAUGAGAGUGCACAACUCGUCGUCGUUCCCCUCUUCCUCAUUUGUCAUGCAAGAUUCCAAAUCCAAGACCAAGCGCAAGCGCUGCUGGGUCAUACUGUUUGAAGCCCAAACAGUAUGUAGCUGUAUUUUUAAGCGCGUGCGCGUGAACUUAUGGUCAUGCGGGGUUUUGUAUUGCUGUCCAUGCGAUAGAGGGGAAGUUGUGCACUGUCAUAGCAGCUGAAGGCGAAGGACAUGGAUAAGACUGAAGGAUUGCUCGGCGGGGGCGACUAUGCAGUGCAACUUAUACGUCUGGGUCGUCUACUAGAAAAGUGUCAGGUUGUUCGUUUGUGAAAAUGCACCAGCCCUCGUUUGUGAAAAUGCACCAGGAGCCCUAUAAUUGUGAAGCCUCCUCCUCCUCGAUGCCUAUAAUUCUGCAUGAGAAAGAACUUCGUCUUCAGGUGACACAAAGUGGGUAGCUUUUAUUGCCACUCCUGCAAAAGUACAGAUUUUCGUGUCGUCUUCAACCUCGUGAUGGAGCAUCACAGACUCAGCCUCUCCCAGAGGACCCAGACAUAUUUGCAAUGCAUAACGACCCGAAUCUAAAAAAGCGCCCGGAGUUGAUCGAAAAAGAAGCGCAGGUAUCCACAGAAGCACUAGAGUCUUUCGAUCCCUACACGUACAGAUUCUGUCUUGUUUGUGUCUAUUCUCCACCAAGACCUAGACCAUGACCGAAUCCAUCGAAAAGAAAAAUCUGCUUCACCGGUUGUUCAAGUCCACUCCUAUUCAGCAUCAAAAGCGGCAUGUAUGUUGUAGGUUGGUGCUGCUGUCGUGGUCGAGGAUUACAAUUAUAAUUUGACAUCGCAUUUUUAGUGGUACGUGAGCGGAAUCGGAAAAUUUGUCUUGCAUAGCAGGCUGGAAUGCUCCCGGCGAUUGUUAUGGGAGUGCCAGGUUUCAGAUGCAGCUCUAAUAUAAGAUGAAGAUUAAACCCUAAACGCAUGACAGGCAGUUCCUUGCUGUGUCUGGCGUUUCAUGCGUCAACAGCUUUUGCCAUUUUGAUUUUGUUAAUUCUGCAACCUGACGCUUCUAUAGUCGUGACGGACCCGACCCAGAGCGGCGCGAACUACUCCAGCGCCGACGACCUGAGGAGACUAUGCAUUGCAAAAUCAUGAGAAUCAGUAUCGCUCUCGUAGUAAACAAGUACGAUGGUUGUAUGCUCGUCCAUCAAUUUGCAUUCGCAAGUAGACACAAAAUAUAAAAGUGUCACUGUCCACAGACACGGAAUAUGUACAAAUAGAACGAGACCGCAUGGAGAUCUUUUGGACAAAAACGGUCUUACCUCUGUCUUCAGCAACAUAUAUCACUAUUGCAAGGCGUACAACGAGGGUCGCUGUGACGAUACAGAUGUUUUUGCAGAGGAUAGAAACAGGUAAAAGGGCAUCACAACCGGCAAAAAUGGGACGGUGCGGACGACCCAUACACCGAGAAAAAGCCAAAGUCCGUCGACUUACCCGACAAAAUGUACUAGAUUUUUAUUUUGUUUUCAUAUUGCACAUACGCAGACGUAUAGACGAAGCAUCGAAAUUAUCGAGUCGGGUGUGAUGUCAGGAGUAGUUCCUUGUCCACAUGACCAAAUUAUACUACAUGACUUUCUACUAGAGAACAAAUUAUGUCGCUUAUCUUUCUUUACUUGUUUAAUAGGGCGAAGGGAUUUAAUUCGGAGGACGAGGACGAGCCACAGGCGAAGUAUAAGAACAAGAGAAGUAAUAAACGGGGUCGGAUCUAUUCCGACCAAGGUGGCACACCCUCGUCGGGGUCGGGGAGUGCGAAGAGAAUAAACAUGGGAGGGGAUGGCAACGCUUCGGAUGGAGCUUCGGACGGAUCUUACCGCGGGAACUUACUCGGUAUCAUAAUGGUGUAGUUUUGAAUACUUUAGCUCGUUUAUACGAUUGCUGGUCGUUCUUCAACUACAGGAAAGAUGUGAGGGUGCCCUCACAUCCGGCCACCGCCACGGCCACCUCUCUCACCAAGACGUGACUGAAGAUGCCGAUUGUGCACGACAGUGACAACGAUGCAAAGAAAAUCUGAUUCAGAUCAUGUGAGAUUUUUGUAAUGAGUUUAGAUUUAUUAGCACACGCCUUGAAUGUUAAUACAAAAGGUGGCGGCAACAUGCCCCCGGGGAGUUUUCUGUCCAGCGGCGGCGCGGACUCCGACGGGACGCCCGGCUCGGAGUACAGUGCGCAACGAUACAAGAUUAUCCACAGUAAGUUUAUUUCCGGACGACUAGCUACACGACGUGCAGAUGCGGUUUCUGCAUCUUAAAACUGGCUUUCAAAAAUCCUAUUUUGAUGACAAGUGCAAGUGUUCUUGCAUACAGCACUUUUUUAAACCACAAGUUCUUCGUAAAAUCAAACUUUAAACCACAAGCUCCUGGGGGGAGCCAGGUUCUGCUUCAGGUGGGGGCGGCCGACUACCUCGUAGUCCUCUGUUGCUGUUGUCUCAGGCUGUGGUGGAUAAGACAAUCCCUAUCGGCAGGGUGCUGCCGCCGACACCUCGCCGCCAAUUGCCGCUGUGUUUGCGGGACAUGCUUUCCUAGAUGUGGAAAUAGGAGGUCCCGGGAGGGGACUGGUGCGUAGGGCCGCAUCUAUACUCAGGGCCGGGGGAUGGUGACGCUUUGCCGCCACACUGGACUAAGUCUUGCUACCCAGCGGACUGCUUUUUCUUUUGCUUUUUCUCUCAAAGGGGGCUAGUAGGGGACGACGUUUCCGGGUUUCGGGCUUGUUCGGGGGGAUGCUCUUUGGGGCCACAACGCUGUCACUGCGACCUUUGGUUUUGACUUUCUCUGGUGAUAGGUGGCGCUUGGUGAUUUUUGACCCGGAUGGUCGUGCCGGAACUUGCUAUGGGGGUGCUUGUGCCUCCGGGGUCGAACAGGGGUUUUCACUGGCGCACUUUUCUUGUCUACUGCGGAUUUGGUGCUGAAGCGUAAGGGUCUACUUCCGUGUAUACGUUUUCGCUUCCUCGCGCGCUCACACUUUUCCUGGUCGGCUUUUCUCGCUCCUGCCGCCCGUUUGUAGGCAGUGCUGCUUCUCCAAACGACGUGUCGGGAAUCACAGCCCGCGACGGGGACUGCUGUGGCCGCUGUUGAUAUCAAGUUUUGGCGUCAGCGGGGCGCGUCCUGCUACGCAUACCGCUUCGCUUGUUUCUGUCUUCCCCGUGGGGGCAAGUGGGGCUGGGGCUGGCGCGGUUCCCCCCAUUCAACCACCGGUGGUGGGGUUCUGGGGGGUCUUGCCCUGGGGGCCAGGUGGUGGUGGAGUGGGCCGUUCCCCGCUACGGAAGCUAGGCACGGCCUGCUUGACCCAGCCCCAAUAGGCGCGGUCCAAUGGGCCGCUUGGGUGUGUGCUCUGGAUAACACUCGGAAGGAACGCAACGAAAAUUUGCUAGAGCAAAUUGCAAUCCGCGUUUCCGUGAGUUUAAGCAUUCGAGUGCUUAAAUUGCGACUUCUUAGUUUAGGCAUUUUAAUGCUUAAACCUAAUGAACGCGAUUUCCUAGAUUAGGCAUUCGAAGGCUUAAAACAAGGAAUGUGCUGCGCGAUUAAAAGUUUCACAGAAGCUGCGGGCCUUACCCAAGUAAAGCAUGACAAGUGCAAGCGUUCUUGCAGACAGCACUGUAAACCACAAGUUCUUCGCAAAAUCAAUCGUCAUGAUGUAGUUCUCUGUACGUCGGCGCGUGGUCGUGUAGUAUGUGUACAGGAGUAAAUUUGUAUUGCAUAAGGAUGAAGCCCGGCGGCCAGCACAUGCCCAAUACGCCGUCCGAGGUUUCCUCCGCCGAGGCCAUGUUCCACAACCAACACCGGGGCGGGCAGUACUACCCCGGUAUGACGGGCGGCGCCACGGGGAGUAGUCACAACAUAUCGAGUGGGGCGUCUUCGGGUUCUUCGUUCAACAAGUUUAACACCCCCACGCCGGGCAACACGGCGUUUGGCGACCCCUACAGCAUGUAUGGUGGCGGGAGUUACAAGAUGGACUACGCACAGAAGAAGGCCGUCGCGAAGGGCGCGAAGAUGCCCGCCGGCGGCACGCCGUUCGGCAUCGCCGGGCCGCUGAUACACCCGGUAGAGCGGUAUCCGAACCCCGGGUUCCUCAAGGCGAAGUAUCCAACUGGAAAUAUUUCGAUUUAUAUACAGUGCUGCUCCUCUUUGUUUCCUACCUACCCCUCGUACGAGGCUUGAUGCCCAUCAAGCUGUCGUAGCUAGCUCGGUGCAUUUUUGAAUUACAGCUCAACGAACCGGGAGUAUGAAGAACGAGGUGAAAGAAAUUUGCAACAAACGUCGAAAACACAAUGUUGCUGUUAGAGGAUGACAGGAACAAGUUGUAGCGCCAACUCGGCGCAGAUGACGUCGCUGUCUGGCAUUAUUGGCAAUUACUGCAGUGCACAAUACAACGACACAGAAUACGGCGCGACAAAGGCACGAAAAGGGAAGGCGAGAACAACACUGUAUCUGUAGCUUUUGCAUUGCAUAGAAGAACUAAGUUGGAGUUUACCCAGUCAACGAUGCCAGGGGAUCCCAGGAAGGUUUCUAGUGCUUCUUCGAGAUGAGAUGACGUAGUUCAAUGGAACAAUAUCCAGAUAGAAUAGGACAUUCAAAGACUUGGAAGCUACAACUUAUAGAGAAGCAAUAGCAGGAGCAUUUACAGUGUAGUAAUGUUUGUUCCACCAUGUUCUUGAGUACCAAGAACACGGCGCCGCAAAGGCAGUAGAACUGGCACGGAACUAGAACGAAGCGGAAGUAGACCAGACACGGUGGUAACGAAAAGAAACCGACAAUGUUCUUGCAGAGCGGAACUAUAAUCUAAUAUUUCGAUUUUGAUUUCAAAUUCAAUUCUCAAAAAACGCCACAGCUUGGUUUCGUGGAGGAGCCGCAGCCUACAGAGGAGCUGAAGCCGUACUGUACCAGAAUCGCCACUAUGUGAAGAAGAAACUUCUAGCGCCCUUGCAUCCAGUACUUCACUCGAACAACUGCCUGCACGCGACGACUUGUUUCGCAAACAAGAUUAUUGCCCUUUGGUAAAAAAUAGAAGCAGUGCAAGCAGUCGCGCAGACUCCAACUCCGAGCAGCGUGAAAAUUUCCGGUGCCUAGUUGAUGCUUGUAGAUCAUUUUUCGUGGGGAAGGAGAUGAAGGUCCCAACGCCAAACGUCUUGUCAUGCAUGUGACUCAGUGAAGAGGGAUGCCUGUUCGUGUCCGUGUUUUUCCUCACUAUAAACCCAUCGGGGAUCUUGGUGAUUCGCGUAACUGCCUACGAGCUAUCCAACAGAAAAUCUGCGCCAUCGCCGGAUGAAGCCCUCAAUUGAAUACAAUGAUGUAAGUGAGUAAGCAGAAGAACAAGCAGUUCGUUGCACUACAAAAUAAAGUUAUAAUUUUACAUCUAGUACUUGUUUAUUCAUGAUCAUGAAGGCUUCGUCGGCUUGGGCGAGUUUCCAAAGGAUACGAGUCGUUGCAAUUCUACACCUCGGAGACGUGGAAGAGGGUAAAGUUGGUGUACAUUAUUAUACGGAUCAUCUACUUCAUCGUCAAUACUUUUGCUUUUGUUGCCGCUCUGCCUGCAUAGUAUCCUGUAACUCAGCACUACAAUGUUUGCGCUCGUCGUCCCUCGAAACAAAAAUAAUCAAAACAGACCCAAGCGCAAACUUUUGGAUCGUGCACCCAAUAUGCGAUUGGAUGUUUUUCACCAUCCGAGAACUACAUUACGUUGCAUUUUUGAGAACAAAGGAAUCAUCUUCAACCAUGAAGAUAUUGAACCAUCUUCCUCGUCUAAAUGCAUCAAGCCAACAACUUUCUUCAAGAGCAGAAACCUACCUAAGUACAUGGACGAUACCUUUUCUUUCAGAAAGUUUCGAAACAAAACUUCUGUAAUGGUGAAAAGGACAUCCAAAAGCAUACCGGAAUCCAUGAGUUUAGUUACCGGAUGUGGUGGCUGGCGACGUUUUCGAAAAUGCUGGAGAUCAAGUACAAGAACGAGUUUGUAAUCCAGUUACGCAUUGCAAACGUAAUAUUGCGCUAGUACUGAUUUUUUGCAUCACAAAUUUUUACAGAGAGAAAAAUGGCAUUUGUGUCUCACGCGAGGUAGUAGAAGAAGAUGAUUUGUCAUGCAGUAACAUUGCAAAAACAAAGUACGAGCACGAUAGUACACUUUUGCGCUGCAUACCAGUUCGACGCCUACAACAACGAGAUUCGAAGGCAGAAAAACAGAAACGGACCGGUCGAAUCUUUGUGGGAGAAAAAAUCAAAAAUGAAGUACGAAGCAGACUUGUGCGACCCAACGGGACAGGCCAUCACGAAGGAGCAGUGGAAGGUACUUCAAAAGCCUCAAUUUACGCACGGGGUCACAAUUCUACUUUUUGACGCGGGUUCCAGCGCAAAAACCAAAGGGCAAAGCGGGGCCGCAAGUAGGUCGUGGCAGUUGCUUCGGUUUGAAAAAUCACAAACAGAAAAACUAGGGCGCGAAACAAGGCGAAAAAGCGGCAUCACAUGGAGAAGUAAAAUGCUGGAUAAAGCCGCUCGUGGUGAGGGAACAGAAAAGCACUUUUCCGGUUGUAUCUAGGGGGCCAAAAAUUCCUGCAUGCGUGUCCUCCACGCGGGCGGCCCCUGGGUGCGUCGCUGUGGUUGUCAAUCCGCGUGAGGGGUGAAAAGGGAUUGGGCGUAGCAACUCACGCCAUUGCACCUUGAGCCAAAGUGCCGACAUCGCAAGCUUUGACACAUUGAUCUUGUAGUCCACAAGUCUCAAUUAAGUGUGUGCAGAUCUGGCGCGACAGGUUUUCGGCAUUCAGUGCACUGAUGUCAACCUGAAGCGUCGCUUAUUGAGACUUGUGGAUUAUGAAAUCGAUGUCAAGCGUGUUGCAGUGGGAGGCUUUUGGCUCAAGGUAUUGUGUCGUGACUUGUUAUGCCCAGUCCCAUUUCACCCUUCGCGCGGCAUGGCGGGUGCGAAAUUCGCAUUGUAGCCCUUUAGUUUUCCGUCGGGAGUAGGGCUCUGCAGCAUGGCCUGGUGCGCGAUAUUAAUCCGCGCCCCAUACCAUGGUGGCAUAUUUUAUUCUGGGUGGUACGCUGCAGAUCUGUUCUGUAGUUGAUGUCUUUGGAGGCUCGCCGACCCUGAUCGCCGGAGCCCACCCGGCGAUGUGAAGCGCCAUGAUUUGGAUCCGACGAACAAGGGUGGGUUAGGUUGUCUGUUUUCCAAAAAGUUCUAACCCCCGCUAGUUGGUUCUCCACACUCCUUUCCUGAAAAUUUGAAGUUUCUCUGUGCUUUAUUUUGGUCUCUUCCAGUACAUAAACCCCCGCUAGUGGGUGGGCACUAGCGGGGGUUAGGGUCAGACGAAUGUAACCCACCUUUGUUCAUCCUAGACCCAACGGGACAGGCCAUCACGAAGGAGCAGUGGAAGGUAAAUGAAUGUAUACAGAUUCAAGCCCCUCUUGCUUCCGAUUUUACCGCCCUAUUGUUUAUUUCUGUGCUAGUGGGCAUGGUAGAAACAAAACGCGUGAACGAGAAAGUCAGUGAACUUGUUUUUGCUGUUUUUGUACAUCGAUUCUUAUACUUCUUGUUGGUGAGAAGUCUGAGUAGCAGUAGCAGACACAGGUGGUGCAGCAGGAAGCGAAAACUCACUACUGUGUCUCCAACUUUUAUACUUUUUAAACUUCUAUAACCCUUCUUGCAACAUCCAUCCUUUCAGGAAAUCAAGAUGUACCUGAAGAAGUGGAAGCUUGAGAACGACAGUUACCGUGCGGGGAAUCAUUUUCUGCAGAAAGUUAUGAUAGCAAAAUUUUCGAUUUUUGUAUGCAUGUCCUGAUCGUGAUCCUUAAGUAGUUCUUGCGCCCUGAUGUCUCUAUGCUCCCUACCUCUGCACGAAUAGUGCGAAACUAAAUCCAGAUAGAAGAAUGCUCCUUUCCUUAUGGUGAGCGUGUUAUUGGGCUUUGCUGCAAAGUAGAUGUCGAAGUCAAUGUCUCGCUCCUUUAUUCUCUCAAAAAUGACUCGCGUAGUACUAGUAGUUCCUGCGACGUUUUUUACGCAUCGCGGCCUCGCAAAGCAGCAAAUGCCGUCAUGACCUUUAGUACUCUGGUGUUGAUCUGUUGGUCGUGGUAGAUAAGGUUGAGAUUUCGAGAAAUUUUUGCUACCAUACGUACCCUGGUCGCCGGGGAGGAUUUGAACCAGCUGAACUUGGAAACGGGGAGGUAUCCUGAGUAAAAACGUACCCACGCCAGGGUUGUAAUGCAGAUUUGCAAAGACAGGAAGACUUGUAAUGCGCAUACCCAUGAGAGCCAUUUCCAAUCGUGCUUUGGAAUUUGUGAUGCUGUGAACAGGAUGAGCAGAUGAAUCUGUGACGCGGCUGCACUCGCUAACCUGCACUACACUGCAGAGUGCAACUUGUCACGCGUGACUCACAAGACUCCUAGGUUUGUGUUGCAAAAUCCCCAUCCUGACUCUGGUGUGGGUACGUUUUUACUCAUGAUAGGAGGAAAAAGCGGCCCGAUGACGUUGGUGUCCAAGAAGUUGUCCAUGACAAUCUCUGCAAGGUAGGGUUUAUUUUUCCUGUUGCUCUAUCCUGCACAUAGGUUUUUUCUCACGAUAUUGCGGUAAGUACGAGCAUGAGGUAGUCAGAAUAGGACGCGUUAACGUUUACUCAAGAACUGGAACUACACUGUAAAACAACAUCAGUGUUGCAAGCACAGCGCCACAAACCCAGGGGAAAUUAUCCUAUCCAAAAACGACUCACAGUCCGCCAUCCGUCGGUUGGCAAGACGGGGCGGCGUCCGACGCGUGAGUGCGAAGAUCUACCAGCCCAUCCGCUUGGCGUUCCAGCAGUGGUUGGAAAAAGUGACGGAGCAGACCUACAUUCUGACCAGUCACCAAGGCCGAGCGACCGUGAGGACCAACGAGGUGAUUAACGCACUGAAACUGCAGGGCAAGAACAUCUACGGCUACGGAACCACGCGGUAAAAAGCUGUGGUGACACCUACCUGGAAAAGAAUAUGAGGUCUGACUACUUCAUCUUUUAUAACAAAUUUCUGUUUUUAGGAUAGUGCUACUGGUAGAUGCUGUUGGAGGUUGGAGGUACCUGUGCCUUGCUCGUUGUACAGGUUCCACCACCACAAAACCGCUUUUCAGCUGAGUAGCUGCUAGCAACAAAAACUGCAACUUAGCAAAAUUGUCUCAAGUCUAUCGUUCAUCUGACCUGAUCUUUAAACGUAUCUUCAACGCAAUCGUAGUGAUUUACAGACCUUGACUUAUUAUCAAUUUACUUCAUUUUCCACCGGCGCGCCAUCGCCGGUAGGAAAUCGAAAGAAAAAGAAUCUUCAAUAGCAGAAUGUAAUAUGGCUAGCACUAGAGCUCGUCCUUUAAAAACAUUACGUCAUCAGGACAGUGAAUAACAAAACUGAAUCUUCUACGACACACCGUAGAUUCAAAAACUCAGAGCUUGCUUCACGCCAUGAGCAAGAACUGCAGGUGGAUCAGCGAAUCCAACAAAAUCCAAACUGUUUUAUAACACAACUCGUAGUCUUCGUCGUUAGUUUACACUCUAUUACAACAGCAAUAGCCAGUACUUCUACAACAGUAUACCUACGUGGAAACUCAUUUCCCGCGCCGAGGGAAAGACGAACUGAUAUUUGACAAAAUUAGCAGAAAAUGCAGCACACCAAUUCUACUGAUAUGAAAUGUGGAACCUAUGGUCUGAGCGUCCGGUUUUCAGCACCGCGCUCGCUCUCGCGCUAGAGUACUCGAAUAGAAGAUGAGAGGUUACUUCUUGUCCUCCUUCAGUAGAGUUUGGGCAGCGGUGAAGCGCUCGACUACUUUCAAAUAACCCUUACAACCUGUAUAGUUGAAUUUUGGUGUCGCCCGUUUUCUCUGUAAGCAUCUCGCAAAGGUGCUUACGAGAAAGCGGGAGAUGAAGAAGGAAUAAAGACGAUAGAAGUGAAACUAU